GCGUCCUUCUUCCUCGGUUGUGCUCACAACAGUCUGCCGGUCUCUCGUUAGCCACCCGUCAGGAGGAGCAGGAAUCGAACCGCUGUCACGGCAGAGUAGCUUUAGUUUCAACCUCACUACCCUCCGCUGGACACUCGGGUCGGGGUGUGUCUGCCCGUGAUCGCUGAGAGGACGUCAGCUGAAAGAGGGAGCGUCCUCCCCGGGUGACGGAGUGAGUGUGUGGCUAGCUAGCGAGGAGGAGGAGGAGGUGGGGACAGAAAACUUGCGAGACCUCGCCCAGCCGACGCUUCAUUCCAGCAGGCAGCUACUCUCUCGACGGUGUGAGAGCUCCACACCUCUUAACCCGAGCAUUUCAUUUUAAAGGGGGGGGACACCGACACCGCCAGUGAAUUAUGUUCAGGAAAAACUUGAAGAAGGACCCGGAGCUGUUCCAGAACGUGGCCGACGGGCUGCGGCGGCUCUACCGGACCAAACUGUUCCCGCUGGAGGACACGUAUCGAUUCCACGACUUCCACUCCCCUGCGCUCGAAGAUGCCGACUUCGACAACAAGCCGAUGGUGCUCCUGGUGGGCCAGUACUCCACCGGGAAGACCACUUUCAUCCGGCACCUCAUGGAGCAGGACUUCCCCGGUAUGCGGAUUGGCCCCGAGCCGACCACAGACUCUUUCAUCGCGGUGAUGCACGGCGAUCAGGACGGGGUGAUACCGGGUAACGCUCUGGUUGUCGACCCCAAGAAGCCCUUCCGCAAACUCAACGCCUUCGGGAACGCGUUCCUCAACAGAUUCAUGUGUGCCCAGAUGCCAAACCCGGUCCUGGAGAGCAUCAGUAUCAUCGAUACUCCUGGAAUCCUGUCCGGGGAGAAACAGAGGAUAAGCAGAGGUUACGACUUUGCCGCGGUGCUCGAGUGGUUUGCCGAGCGCGUGGACCGCAUCAUCCUCCUUUUUGACGCCCACAAGCUGGACAUUUCUGAUGAGUUCUCCGAGGUGAUCCGCGCUCUCAAGAACCACGAGGACAAAAUGCGCGUGGUGCUGAACAAGGCGGACCAGAUCAGCACUCAGCAGCUGAUGAGGGUCUACGGAGCCCUGAUGUGGUCUCUCGGCAAAAUCAUCAACACACCUGAGGUUGUGCGGGUGUACAUCGGCUCGUUUUGGGCCCAGCCCCUGUUGGUCCCAGACAACAGGAAGCUGUUUGAGGCGGAAGAGCAGGACCUGUUCUUGGACAUCCAGUCGUUGCCACGUAACGCAGCACUACGCAAACUCAACGACCUCAUCAAACGUGCACGCCUCGCCAAGGUGCAGGCCUACAUUAUCAGCUCUCUGAAAAAGGAGAUGCCCAGUGUGUUCGGAAAGGAGUCCAAGAAAAAGGAGCUGAUUGCCAACCUGGGAGAGAUUUACACUAAGAUUGAGAAGGAGCACCAGAUCUCACCUGGAGACUUCCCCAAACUGGCCAAGAUGCAGGACCUGCUGAAUAGCCAGGACUUCUCCAAGUUUGCGGUGCUGAAGCCCAAGUUGCUGGAGGCUGUGGAGGACAUGCUCGCCAAUGACAUCGCUCGCCUCAUGGCCAUGGUGCGCACGGAAGAGGCCGCCAUGCCCACCCAGUCUGUCAAGGGUGGCGCCUUUGAAGGAACCAUGAGCGGUCCCUUUGGUCAUGGCUAUGGAGAGGGCGCCAGCGAAGGCAUCGACGAGCUGGAGUGGGUGGUGGGUCGCGACAAGCCAACAUAUGACGAGAUCUUUUACACCCUCUCUCCCAUUGAUGGCAAGGUGUCCGGUGCUGCGGCCAAGAAGGAGAUGGUGAAGUCUAAGCUGCCGAACACGGUGCUAGGAAAGAUCUGGAAACUGGCCGACGUGGAUAAAGACGGGCUCCUGGACGAUGACGAGUUUGCCCUCGCCAACCACCUCAUCAAGGUGAAGCUGGAGGGCCACGAGCUGCCGCUGACGCUGCCCCCACACCUCGUGCCACCGUCCAAACGUGCGACAGUCCAGGAGGAGUAGAGAAGGGGGUGUAGCAGCCCGGAAAUAUCAGCGCUUUGGCUCAUGUUUCGGACUCUCCAGACAAGUCCAACCACGAGCAUGAACAACAACAUCCUCCACAAAGCUGCCAGCCUCCAGGCUUCCUGACCCAUCGUGAGGAGGCAUUGCUGUGAUUUUCACCAGAGAGAGACUGGAGGGUUUCUUGGGAGAAGGUGGGGGGGAGGGAGGGAGGGAAAAACAUUCAGGUAUCUGUUAGAAAUUAACGAGGGAACGGGGUUUGAUUCACCACCUGAUAAAAAGGACAUUACUGGAUUGUGAACUGAUGGGUAGUGGGAGGUUGCAUGAUAGAGAUGAACAUGGAUUUGUGCAUCCUGUGUAAAAGAUGUCUUAUAAGCAUAGUCCAGUCCAUAUUAUUAUUAUUAUUAUUAUUAUAUGUUCAUCCAAAGAAAAUAUAGUUUUUUCCAUUUGGAGAGAGAGAGGAAAGAGGAAAGAGGAAAUAAAUCAAAACAACUGUUAGAAUUGUUUUAUCUAUAUUUUUGUAUUUCCUGACUGUUAAAUUUGUCUCUUUCCAAAAGCUUCCCUUUUCAUUAUUUUGCCAGAUAAAUAAAAAGGAGCACCGUACCAUCCGG